GUGUAAAGAUAUUUCUUGUUUUUGUUUUUUUGGAAGAGCCCUGUGUAGACGUAGUGUGAAUGCAUUGCUGACUGAGCACUGAGGUUGAGGAGUGUGUUUUUGACAUAUAAACGAGCAGGCGGCACUAUAGUCACACCAGCAUCAGCAGCGACCAGCCAUAGGCAUGCCACUGUACUGUAGAUACUACAUUGGAUAUUUAUAGAUACUUUUUGAACGAUUCGAAAUUCGGAGGAGAUACAGAUAUAGAGAUAGAGAUACAACUUUGCAUUCAUAUGUGAGUAAAACAUCAGUUGGCAGUGAAUUUUUGUUUUUUGAGUUCCAUCGAAUUUUCCUUAUUUUCGAAACGCAACGCACUUGAUGUGAAGGCCUAAAAAAAGAUUAUGAAAACUGAAUUCAUGAAACCAUCAUCCGAAUCAUCUUUAUCCAUAAAGGCUAUGGGCGGCUAUAUGUGGAAGAAUUGGAAAGGGUGUAAUUUCGAGCGGGAAAUCUGAUUUGUUUUUGGAUUUGGAAAUUGUAAAAUUUGAGGACGUAUAAGGAAGGAAUCACUUGUGGUGGCCAAAUCAGUCUGUCAGUUGGUGGAUCAGUGAUCGGAUCGGAGAGGAUUGAGUUAAAUUACUUUUUCGAAAACAGAGUUAAUUGCGGGAAUCACACACGGAAAAUAUGUUUAAACACACAGUGACUAUGGAUAGGGAUACGUAUGGUGGUGAAAGGAUAAAAUGUAACCCUUCUUCGGCGACGAUGGUGGAGCGAAGGAUAACAGCAGAUCAGAUUUUGCACUUGUGUAAACUCUUAGCCGAACAAUCGAAAGCCAAAUCUUUUGAUCGGAGGAAAAAAAUUUCGGAGGAUGAUUGUGGAAGUUCAAGAAUGGAAAUACAAAGUGAAGACAUUACAAGCAGCCGAUCAUCAGAACAGGAGUUUUGUGACAGAGUGAAUAAUAACGCAGAAGGUCAUCAACAGGAGAUAGUACUUGCAGAUAGCAAUAUUGUAGCAGCAACAACAACAACUACAACAAUGACAGUAUCAACAACAUCAACAGUAACAACAACAACAAAACAAGUUAAAAAGGAUAUUUUAAAUAAAAUACGAAAUCAGAUAUUCGAGAGAAAGCGUCAAAAAUUGGCAAUUGGGCAGAAGAGAAAUGCCAGUGUUGUUUGGCGACCUUGGUGAAUGACAACAAUAAUUUAUUCUAACGGUGAUAAAAAUUGACAAUAAAAACAAAAAUAUGUGUGAGUUAGAAAAAAAAAAGACAUUGUAAAUAAUAAACUAAAAAUAGUAAGUAGACACCAAAACAUAAAUAAGUUCUUCCAAAUUUUCCAAAGAAUUGUUAUUUCUAAGAAAUUUAGUUAAGUGUUUUUUUUUCAAAAUAUUACAAACAAAUAAAUAAAAAGAACAACAAAUUAAUUAAUUCAA